AUGUCUAGCCGCGGCGGCCGCGGCGGCUCUGGCACCGGCUCCGGUUCCGGUUCCGGCUUCGGCUCCGGCUCGGGCUCGGGCUCCGGCCCCCCCAACCCUCGGCGCCUCCUCCUUCCGGCUCCCAGCCGCGGUCCCGGUCCCGCUGCGGCCUCCGAGGACACGCCCCCUCCUGGAGGAGGCGGAGCCGCGACCCGAAGCAGGAAUGAAUUCAAAGGGCCAAGAGGACUCGACAGUCGAAACCUAGGAUUAGCCGAGAGGGAUAGGAAAGGAGUGAGCACAGGACCGGGACUAGCGCAGAGGGCACGGGAAGAGACCAGGAGCUGCGACGAGAGCACGGAAAAGGGCAUCGCCCCACCCCCCGGGACGACUGAUCCAGAAUCAUCGCUGAACCCCGAGGGCUACCAAGAGAAGCCGCCUCUCACCUAA